AUGGAUAGGCUUCAUCAUCUUGAGAGUCUUGUCAAAGAUCUCACGGGAAAACUCGAGCAAGCUCACGCAGCAGCUAAAUCGCCCCCUGCAGCCUCACCCAAUUCCCCAGGUAGCUCCACCCACGAUCAUGAAACCGCCUACCGGCCGAACUCAUCCCCAAGACCUCCUGGUGUCCAAAAACAGUUUGGCAGACUUGUGAUUCAAGACUCGAACCAAAGCCGAUAUGUUGGGAGUGGCUUCUGGUCCUGGGUCAACGACGAGCUCGGAGAACUAAAAACACAGACAGGCAACAUCGCUGCUGGCGAUUCGAAUACAUCCGAUGAUGAGGAUGAGUCCUCUUACAGAACUCCAUCGACACAAGAGCUCGGUCGGUCGCCAUCGGAACGGCAUGCAUUCAUGUUUCGACACAACUUGAACUCGGCCAUGCCAGAUCUUCGCGAAUUCCACCCUUUACCCUCACAGAUCCCUUUCCUUUUAGAGGUAUAUGCAGAGAAUGUGAAUAUUAUGGCAAGAACCCUGCAUAUGCCUACAGUCAGCAAAAUGAUCCGCGAUCUGCGCGGUGACAUGACAAAGUUGACCCCGGCCAAUGAAGCCCUUUUGUUUGCUAUUUAUUAUGCCGCCGUCACCUCGAUGGAAGAGGCAGACGUCACAAUGAACUUUGGGUCAACAAAGGCAGAAUUGAACCUCAAGUACCGUGUUGGCCUAGAGCAGGCGUUGGCCAAAGCGGAUUUUCUCAGUGUACCCGAUCUAGCUCUGGUUCAAGCCUUUGCGAUCUUUCUCCUCCUUCUACGCCGCCAUGACAGUCCAAGAUUUGUCUGGAUGAUGACUGGAAUUGCGAUUCGUAUGGCAAUAGCUCUUGGUUUGCAUCGCGAUGGAUCUCACUUUCCCCAUCUAACGCCAUACGAGAUCGAGAUACGACGACGGGCCUGGUACACCUUGAUCGUUAUAGAUGUGAGAGCAUCUGAGGAUCAAGGAUCAGAUUUCGGUAUCGCUGUUGGCAGUUUUGACACAAAAUUACCAUUGAACAUCAACGAUGCGGACUUCGGGCCAGAUACGAAAGAGCCAAUUCAAGACGUUGACGGUCUGACUGAAAUGUCUUUGCCUAGGGUCACUCUUCAGACUUCCUUGAUUUCAAAACAGAUGGUGGCAAGUUCUGGAACGAUCAGUGUCGAAGAACAGAUUAAUUACGUGGAGGAAAUGUACCGUGUUCUUGAAAGCAACUAUCUCAUCUACUUUACGGAGCCGGACCGCGACUCUAACGUGCUGUACUGGGCCUCCAUCGCAAUUAUACGGAUUGUGAUGGCCAAGAUGACUUUACUUGUCUUUUUACCUGUCCUCUUCUCUAAAGGCGAUCACCUCCCUGACGAGACCCGGGACAAGCUGCUGAUUGCGGCCAUCGAAGUCGCAGAAUAUAAUCAUGCUCUCAACUCCUCCUCGGAAUGCCGGCAAUGGCGAUGGAUUUUCCAGACAUACACUCACUGGCAUUCAAUCGUCUUUAUCCUCAUUGAGGUAGCCCGGAGGCAAUGGUCACCCAUUGCCGAGAGGGCAUGGGCUGCAUUGCAUAGCGUUCAUCUCAUUCCGCCUCAAUCCCACAUGAACAAGAACCUGCGCAUGUGGCUCCCUCUGCGGAAGUUAAAAGCGAAGGCAGCAAAGCAUCGCGAUGCGGAGAUUUCUCGUUUGAAAAGUGAUCCCCAAGCUACCCGACAGCUUGAAAUAGAGGACAGGGGCAGAUUGCAGCCCUCGAGCCCGGGACCAUUUCCUGCUGGGUCUGAUUCUACCGAGUUGUUUUUCGACAAAUGGCGGCAGCUGAUAAGCCCCCCCGAAACAUUCCGUCAGGGACUUACACCAUGCCAACCUUUCGGCGCGCCCUUUGAUCCUAUGAGUGGUGAUAUCCAAGAUGGCACAGCUGCUCCUGGCUUUGAAACAUCCAUAAACCCUGCAUUGGCAGGGGGCCACACCAUUCAAGCAGGCCAGAUGGCAGCUUCAGCUUUGCCGUCAGACCAGUUUGAUCAGCUCACUGACUCCGAUAUUACUCCGUGGCUUUGGUCAGAAGAAACAUUUGGCAACCCUGCAAUGGAAUCCCUCGACAUUAACAUGGAUCUCGAUAGCAGUGAUGUGGAUUGGUACAAUUGGGUUGAGUCUGCAAAGACCAUGGAAAGUGACAUUUUACCAAAAGGGUCUGGAUCGCAUGGAUAG